UGGGAAUGCCCCAGGAGCCUCCGACACUGCGGCCAGGGCUCCCCGCCACAAGGACACUGACAUCGCCGCCUCCCCUGCGCAGACCCUUUGGAAAAUGACAUCUGCCUUCGACAUCGACGCCCCGCGCUGGGACCAGGGCACGUUCCUGGGGCGCCUGCGGCACUUCCUGGCCAUCACGGACCCGCGGCUGGCGCUGGUGCCCRACGCCGAGCUGGAGCGGGCCCGGGCGCUGGUGCAGGGCUGCAGGGCCGGGCUGGUGCCGCCAGGGAGCAGCCAGGAGCAGCUGCGCUACGCCAAGACGCUCUACGACUCGGCCUUCCACCCCGACAGCGGCGAGAGGAUGAACCUGCUGGGCCGCAUGUCCUUCCAGGUGCCCGGAGGCAUGGCCCUCACCGGCUGCAUGCUCCAGUUCUACCGGACGGUGCCCGCCGUGGUCUUCUGGCAGUGGGUGAACCAGUCCUUCAACGCCAUCGUCAACUACACCAACCGCAACGCCGCCUCGCCCAUCUCGCUGACGCAAAUCGUGGUGGCUUAUGUCACUGCCACCGGCACAGCGCUGGCCACCGCCGUGGGGCUCAACCUCUACACCAAGAGAGCCCCCCCUUUGGUGGCCCGCUGGGUCCCCUUCGUGGCCGUGGCUGCCGCCAACUGCGUCAACAUCCCCAUCAUGAGGCAGCAGGAGAUCAUCCACGGGAUCGUGGUGACAGAUGGGGACGGCAACGAGCUYGGCCACUCCAGGAGGGCUGCGGCCAAGGGCAUCACGCAGGUCGUGGUCUCCAGGAUCACCAUGGCGGCCCCGGGCAUGAUUAUUCUGCCAAUCAUCAUGGAGCGGCUGGAGAGGUUCCCCUUCAUGAAGAGAAUCCGGGCUCUCCAUGCGCCUUUGCAAAUGCUGCUGUGCGGGGGCUUCCUCCUGUUCAUGGUGCCGGCGGCCUGCGCCCUCUUCCCACAGCGAUGCUCCCUGGCGCUGGCUGACCUGGAGCCGGAGCUGCGCGCCAGCAUCGCGGCCAAGCGCGGCGACCAAGUGCCCUGCGUCUACUUUAACAAGGGGCUGUGAACAGAGGCUGCCCCCGAGCCACAACGCCCUUCCGGACACCAUCAAUCCUGCAUAUCCUGGUCCCACCGAAUCCCCCUCACAGCCAGGCUGGGGGAUCAGGUCGGGGCCGGCCUUGGGAUCGGAGCCGUCCCUGCUCCCUCCUCUGGAGCGACCCUCUCUGCUUUCAGGCAGGGAAGGGACUGCGCCUGGCUCCGAUYGCCCUCCUCUCAUUGCAGGGUCUCUCCAUUCUCCGGAGAUGUCCAGGAGGGUCUCCAGCCGCUGUCACCCCUGGAGGAGGCAGGACCGUGCCCAGGUCAUGGCAGACGUGUUGGCUUCUCCUAAGCAUCCCCGCUGCAGUGCUGGCCAUGUCCUUGCAUCCCUGUGUCCUGCUCUCCGCUGCCUCCCUCCUGGCCCUGCUGCCUCUCAAGCCCAGCCCAGCUGCAGGCACCAGGCCCUCCACCUUCGUGCUCGGAGCGCAGUCCUACCUCCCAAACCAGGCAUCCCUCCAUCGCCUGCGCCCCUGACCAGGAACCAAACCGCAGCACUGCCUCACAUCACCUCCGUGCCUUCCUCCCAAAACUGCCUCCCUUUCUGGCACGAGUGGAGGGACCGGUCCCGGGACCAUUGCUUGGACCAUUCCUCACGUGCCAUCAUGUUCAUAUUUCAUUCACUAUGCAAUCACCACGAUCCAGGAGAGAAAUACCUGAUCRUUUUUAAGCCCUAUUUUGUGUAAGCUACCCCUUCCUCUGAGGGSCAGAGCCAGCCCUUGUGCCUGCUGUCCUGCGUCUCGCUGUCCCCAGGGUGGUAGCAAGGACCUGCAGCCA